CUCUUUGACAAUAACGGACUUUACAUAAAUCCGCCUAAAUCCCAAAAUAAUAAACAUUAACUACUUCCUACACAAGAUUCGCAUUGUUCUUUUACUUUAUUUAUUCUUUUUGUAUUAUUAAUGUACUCGGCAGCGGGCUAUUGCCAAACAUUACCUACCUAGCUAGCAGUUCCGGUGCUCCUUUAGGAAACCAGCUUGGGGGGCGAUCCACAAUAUCAGCACCUAAGCAAAGACGAAGCGACGUUGGCAUCUGCUGGUUUAGUAAAAGAUAAGGCCAUCAGUAGCUCAGACAAGGUUCUCCAGUAGUUCAGACAAGGUUGUUCAGUAGCUCGCGAGCCUCGAGGCCUUUAGGAAGAGCUCCUUCGCUGGAGAUAGCGCGACGGCCCCUGGCAAUGAAUGGACUUGGGGAGAUGGAGAUAGCUUCUGCUUGAAGUAAGUAAGGAUGGGAAAGUCGAGGAGGGGGGCGUGGAAGUUUGCAUAUAAAGAGCGAUGAGGUAGCUGUCUUUGUUCCUGGAUUGUGACACGGCAGACAGACAUCAGGUAGACUCCAAGAUUCUAUUGUUUAGUUGUCUUUGUACGCAAAAAUCGAAAAGUCUAUACGUCUCUCGCAAUGUCUCUCCCAAAAACCUUCAGGCGCGCCGUGUUCCUCGGAAAGGGCGAGGACCUCGUAGUCCAAGAAACCCCCUUAGUUCUCCCGGGAGACAAUGAGGUCUUAGUCAAGGUCGAGGCGUGCGGUGUGUGCUACAGCGACCAUUACAGCCAAUUUAACGUAAUGGGUGGCGGGUUCCCCAUAUGUCCCGGCCAUGAAAUCAUCGGCAGAGUCGCAGCUGUCGGCAGCAGCGUCAAGCGGUGGAAGAUCGGCGAUCGUGUUGGUGGCGGUUGGCAUGGCGGUCACGACGACACCUGCACUGCGUGCAACGAGGGCUGGUACCAGAUGUGCGAUAAUCAAGUCAUAAACGGCGUGACUAAAAACGGUGGAUACGCGGAGUACUGCAUACUACGCGCGGAAGCCACUGUUCGUAUCCCCGAGCAUGUAGAUGCCGCCAAAUAUGCGCCUAUACUGUGCGCAGGCGUGUCAGUAUUUAAUUCCAUCCGGAACAUGAACGUCCCGGUCGGCGAGACAGUUGUUAUCCAGGGUCUCGGCGGACUGGGACAUCUUGGAGUUCAAUACGCCGCGCAGAUGGGAUACCGCGUGAUUGCAGUUUCCCGAGGCGCGGAUAAAGAGAAGUUCGCGCGGGAGUUAGGGGCCCACGAAUAUAUCGACGCGAGCAAGGAGAAAGACGUAGGCGAGGCUUUGAAAGCGCUCGGAGGUGCUCGAUUAGUCGUGGCUACGGCUCCGACCGCCGACUCCAUAACCCCAUUUCAGAAAGGCCUGGGCAUACUCGGCAAGAUCCUGCUACUAAGCAUUCCGGGUGAUUUCACCAUCGACACCGUGACCAUGCUCAAGCACGGUAGCUCGGUGCAGGUUUGGCCCUCCGGGCACCAAAAAGACUCGGAAGACGCCAUCAAAUUUGCCGAUCUCAAGGGCGUCGACUGCAUGAUCGAGACUUAUCCUCUAGACCAGGCACAAGCGGCGUGGGAUGCCAUGAAGAAUGGUACGGUUCGCUUCAGGGCUGUUAUCGUGCCUUAAGAUGUUUUUUUUUUCAUGCUUUCUUUCUUUCGUUGGAGGAAGGACUAAAUAAAUUGAAAGCCAGGUGGCCAAGUUGGAUAUACCACAAUAAUCGAAAAGGUUCCUCUCGUUUAUUAUCAAGAGUAAAGACCAAAAGAAAUAGAAACAGUGUACUAGAAACUAAGAAAAUAUAAACACGGGUUCCGAUCUAGAUAGCUUUUUAAUAAUUGUCCUUCAAGGUGUCCAUCAAGG